CACGCCAGUUGACCAACAUGACCGUCACCGAGACUAUGAAGGCCAUCGUGAUCAAGGACAAGUUCAAGAUCGCUGUGGAGCAGGUCCCUCGGCCUGUGAUCGAGAAGGACACCGAUGUGAUCAUUCGCAUGAGAGCUUCAGGGCUUUGCGGCUCGGACCUUCACGUCUACCGCCAGACGGACCCCGGGACCGACUUCAUCAUUGGACACGAGCUGGUCGGUGAGAUCGUCGAGCUCGGUUCGGCCGUUAAGAACUUCAAGAAGGGCGACAUCGUAGCGUCUCCCUUCGCCUCCAACUGUGGCAACUGCUUCUACUGCAACAAGGGGUACACCGCCCGCUGCACUCAAGCUGAGGGAUACGGCAACGCAGCACUGCAGGGCUGCCAGGCUGAGUACGUUCGCCAGCCCCUCGCCGACUCGUCCCUCUUUCCCGUGCCCGCGGGUAUGCGCGAGGAGGCCAUGCUGCUGCUUGGCGACAUUCUCCCGACUGGCUACUCAUGCGCCUACCACGGCCGCCGACUUCUGGACGAGGACGAUGACCGCGAGAUGACCAAGCCCCUCGACGCCGUUGCAGUCGUCAUUGGGUGCGGACCCGUCGGCCUCUGCUGCAUCUCAUCCGCCAAGACCAUGUUCAAGACUGUCUUCGCCACAGACCCGUCUCCUUCCCGUCGCGAGCUCGCCGCCAAGCACGGUGCCAUCCCCGUGUCGGCCGAUGAACUGGACGCCGCUGUCCGUGAGGCCACAGAGGGGCGCGGUGCCGACGCCGUCCUGGAGCUCGUCGGCAACAAUGCAGCGCUCAAGGUCGCCAUGGACAUCGUGCGUCCCUUCGGCGCGGUAUCGAGCAUCGGCAUGCACCUCAAGCCUCUCGACCUGCACGGCGAGUUCCUGUACUCGAAGAAGUGA